AUGGAAGUACAAUCCAACAUAAAGGACGAAUUUGGUAGUUUGGUAAACUUUAACCACGCGAAGCUAACUUUCAGAAUUCUAGGAAACGACAUCAAGAUUAAGCUGCCAAAUAAUUUGUUUUACAACUCUAGCGCGAAUCGCGAUGAAUUGGACAAACCGAGAAAUCUCCAAAAUUUAUACCAAGGUUCUCUUCAGGAGGUAAAAGCUCCGCAAGAUGAUAUUCCUCUCCUCGAUAUUUUGAGGUGCUUCGCAAAAGUGGAAAAUGACUAUGAGCGGUAUAAAAGUGUGGCAAAGCAAACUAGGUUUUAUUCUCAAGUGUGUGUACGGCAAACCCAACUUGUGACUGCUUAUGUGGUUGAGACAUUGAGCUGUUCGCUAACAUCUUUCGGUCCAGGCCAACCGCUCGAGAAGAUCUCGUAUAAUUGUGUACACGAAAGGGUGACGAUACAGACAUACGGAAUCGUGGAAGACGCGAACCUCACAACGAUGAGUCCGUCAGGAAGAUUCCUAAGAACAUCAAAAAGUGGAUGCGACUCUUUCCAUGGCAAUACACACGCGGCUUUUAUUCGAGUUCAGAUCAUGCCUCGAACACAAUCUUUGAGAAUGAUGUUUUCAAGGGUAGAAGAAUGCCUCACUGGGAGUGAGGAUUCUUUGUGUUUGAUCUUUGGUAGAAAAUUCAAUAAGAAAUCACUCGAAAACGUGUACACCAGCGCCCCGAUGUUUACCACUGCCGCCACUAUGCUCAGCGCAUUCAUAUUGAAGCUAUUGAAGAAUGGAAAGACUGGAUUAAGUCCAGUGCAUUUUUUGGAAGUCGGUGGUGGGACUGGCGGUUCGUCCAGCCGCCAAUCUUUCCACAACCAUCAUCGGAGGAGAUAG